CAUCUUGUUACGUACCUCCAAUUGCUGCUGGUAUUUAAAUUUUUGAGUGGAGAGCACUGCAAAGACCAAGCAUUUUUUCUCUGAAACAAAGGAGCUUCCAUGGGAACGUUUGUUGGACACAUAAUCCCGGGUCUAGCCCUCACUGUUCUUGGCCUGUGGCAUACUAUCAACACUAUCAGAGCUUAUUGUCUCAAAGGCUCUAACUGCUUUAAAGUAAGGUUUUGGUUUCCAUUCAAUGGCCCUUUAUCAAAGCUAAAACAUUUGGAGCUCUAUUUCAUCUUAUGCUUCUCUGUUCUUGCAAUUUUUAUGCAAGUUCUUGACUACCCUUUUCUUCACUUAGCGUUCAAGCUCGACAACUUUGAGCAUGCUACCAUGUUUCUCCAUCUUGCCAUAUUUGCAGGUUUCACUCUUUGUGCCGAUAUAAUUCAUUCAUCUGAGAUCCUAUCUGGAGUUCCAGGAAUGCUUGUAGCUUCUGUUUUCAGUCAGGAGCUUUUUCUAAUUCAUUUCCACUCAGCUGAUCAUGCUGGCCUGGAAGGCCAUUACCAUUGGCUCUUGCAGCUCAUAGUGUUCAUCUCCUUUGUGGCAGCUAUAUCAGCGACUAGUUUCCCAAACCAUUUUCUUUCAGCUCUUGUUCUUUCAAUUUCUGUUGUGUUCCAAGGGUGUUGGUUUGUGAACAUGGGGCUCAAUCUUUGGUCUCCCGAGUUUGUUCCUCAGGGAUGCACUAUGCAGCUUGCAGAGGAAGUCAGUAGCAACAUGCAUGGUGCUGUCAUCUGCAUGUCUCAUGAGGCAGAUUUUCGAGCACGGGGACUAGCUAACUUGCAAUUCAGUUGGAUACUCUCUGGAAUAUUGAUAUUCACAGGAUCUGUCUGCCUAAUAUUAGCUAGAAAAUAUGCCCCCAGGUGUCAGUCAACUCAAUAUGAGCAACUUCAUAGUAGAGUCAUAGAUGUUUCUGUAGCAGCUGAUGGCUUAAAGCUAGUUAAUCCUUAAGAUGUAGUAAGUUAAACAUGAAAAAUUUCAUGUUCACUUAAGAUCAGCAGAUCACUCAGAAGCUGCUAUCAAUAUUAUAUGCAUUGUAUCAUUCCUAUAGCUGCAAUACUUCCUCAGUAUUGUUUGUGAAUUAGAUGCUCCUUGCUAAAA